AUGAAACUAGAUACAGAGGAAAAAGAUACUGCACAUGAUGGGUUUGAUUUUUCAGAUGUUCCAAGUUAUGCAGAUGCAAAACUUAUUCAAGAACAAGAAAGUUUAAGCAAAUUAGAAACAGUCUAUCAAUGUUAUCUUAUGAAGAAGCUGGAUAUUUUUGUUUCCAAAUACCCAAGCAUGCAACUGAAACAUGUAGAUACUCACCAGAAACCUAUUCUUAAGGGACAAAAACCAGAUAUUACCUUCUAUUUGCAAGAUCGAGCCAUCUCAGAUAUCAAUAUUGUUUCUGUUUUAGAGAUCAAAGUCACUGAAAAAGAGGAUGAAUGGGAGGCAACAGGGAUUUUGACAACUUGUCAUCAUAUUCAAUUCAUUAAAGCUGUAUUUACUGAAAAUAAUGAUACCUAUUUCUAUAUAACUGGUAUCUUUCCACUUAGAAAAGUUGGAUCCCAUUAUCUUGCACACCUUUGUUUAUCAACAUCAGAACUUCUUGGAUUUUCACUUCCAACAAUUAAAUACCAAGAAAAAAUAUUUGAGGCAACAGAGAUACUUGGAACUGGUGCAACAAGUACUGCUUACUUACUUGGAAAUGAUUAUGUCAUAAAAGUUUAUAAGCCUAUUUAUGCUGAUAUUUUCAAUUUUGAAAGGGAUGUAUUGAAAAGUUUGGAAGCAGGUGGUGUGAUUAAUAUUCCUUGUUAUGUUAGAUGUGGAAAAACAUCAAAGACAAGUGCCAACUUUAUCUUAAUGAGUGGAGUUGGGUCAUCUCUUAAUGACACAGAUAUUGAUAUACGACAGAUAUUUAUACAAUUACUUGAUGUUAUUAAACAAUCACAUGAUCUUGAGAUUGUUCAUCAAGAUAUUCAUAUACACAAUAUUCUAAUAAAAGACAAAAAUGUAUUACUUAUUGAUUGGGGAUUUGUAGCAAAGUUAGGAAAAGAAACAGCAUAUCAUGGAACUAUCACAACAGUUUCAAAUCACAAUUUAGAAAAGUUAGAAAGUGGAAAUAUAAUGUUCCAAUCAAAGAAAAGUGAUGACCUACAUUCUGUUGUCAGAUGUUAUUACCUUAUUCAAAAUCAACAAAUACAGAAGGAAUUACAUGACCUUGAUAUUUCAAAGUUUGAAUCAAUUAAGAAGUUCUGGAAUACAGAAUUGAGUGCACCAUACUGGAUUGAAUGUAAUAAUGCAGCAGAAAGUGAAGAUUAUAAAAAGCUAAAGGCAUAA